UUAAUGAGGAGGCGUUCCCUGGAUAAACUACACAUGCUAGCUGUUUUUAUUUUACUUGUGUAAUAAACACUGAAACACGGAUGGUAUGCUGGUUUGUGUGGCUUCGGCUUUUCAGUAUGUAGUUAACACUCAUGACAGGAUUCAGUGUGUAAAUCUGUAUAUCAGGGGUUUGGAGUUGAAUUUGACUGGAGUAUCUGCAGCAGCUGUUACUGUAUGAGGAGCUAACUUAGCUACGCGGAUCUUCUCUCUCAGCUCUGGAAUUUAAACCGCGUCAUUUAAAGAUUCUUACUUUUACUUGUAGAUUUUAUUAUUUUACUUUUAGAUAUAUUUGUUUAGAACAUGGCAUCGAUGGCGACUGCCGAGCCCGGUUUAAACCCAGGGCCAAUGUCAGCCACUGAGUCUUUGGUUCCUGCUAGCAUGUUCGCUCCACUCGGCCGGGGCUGUGGGGACGACGACGGGGCAGAGUGUUUCGAGGACGGCGAGGUGCUCAAUGGCGAGACCGGGGAUUUCUCCAGCAAGUUGGCUCUGGUCAGUCCUAAUGGAGAGCAGUACGACUCGUUACUGCGGCAGUUGCGUGAGCGGAUGGAUGAGGGCUGUGGAGAGACCAUUUAUGUGGUGGGAGUGGGGUCAGACGGCGGUGAUUACGGUCUGAAUGAGAGUGACAUGGAGGCGUCGGUGGCCACGGUGCAGUCCCUGUGCGAGCAGAUCGAAGCCGACCUCAUCCUCCUGAGAGAGCGCGCGGAGAGUGGCGGCCAGGUCCGAGAUUACCUCAUCCGCCGCCGUGUGGGCGAGGCGGACUUCCUGGAGGUCAGGGUGGCGGUGGUAGGAAAUGUGGAUGCGGGAAAAAGCACGCUCCUUGGAGUCCUCACACAUGGAGAGCUGGAUAACGGUCGAGGUUUCGCUCGUCAGAAACUUUUCCGUCACAAGCACGAGCUGGAGAGCGGCCGUACCAGCAGUGUGGGGAACGACAUCCUGGGCUUCGACCGUCGUGGCCACGUCGUCAACAAACCCGAUAGCCACGGCGGCAGUCUGGACUGGACCAAGAUCUGUGAGAAGUCCUCCAAGGUCAUCACCUUCAUCGACCUGGCGGGACACGAGAAGUACCUGAAGACCACCGUGUUCGGCAUGACAGGCCACCUGCCCGACUUCUGCAUGCUCAUGGUGGGCAGUAAUGCAGGUAUAGUGGGCAUGACUAAAGAACACCUGGGCUUAGCGCUGGCUCUCAACGUGCCCGUGUUUGUGGUGGUCACUAAGAUAGACAUGUGUCCUGCUAACAUCCUGCAAGAGACGCUGAAGCUGCUGCAGAGGUUGCUGAAGUCUCCUGGCUGCAGAAAGAUCCCGGUUCUGGUGCAGAACAAAGACGACGUCAUCGUCACUGCCUCCAACUUCAGCUCCGAGCGAAUGUGCCCAAUUUUCCAGAUUUCUAAUGUCACUGGGGAGAACAUGGACCUCUUGAAGAUGUUCCUGAACCUGCUGUCCUCCAGAACGUCGUUUAAAGAUGACGAGCCAGCCGAGUUUCAGAUAGACGACACUUACUCAGUACCGGGUGUAGGGACUGUAGUAUCAGGAACGACAUUACGGGGGCUAAUCCGGCUGAAUGAUACCAUGCUGCUGGGGCCGGACCCCCUCGGUGCCUUUAUCUCCAUCGCUGUUAAAUCCAUCCACAGGAAGAGGAUGCCUGUGAAGGAGGUGCGAGGAGGACAGACAGCAUCUUUUGCUCUCAAAAAGAUAAAGCGCUCAUCUAUAAGGAAAGGGAUGGUGAUGGUAUCACCGCGGUUAAACCCACAGGCAUCAUGGGAGUUCGAGGCAGAGAUCCUGGUGCUCCAUCACCCGACGACAAUCUCACCCCGAUACCAGGCCAUGGUGCAUUGUGGGAGCAUCAGACAGACGGCGACGAUCCUGACGAUGAACCGAGACUGUUUACGAACAGGAGACAAGGCCACGGUGCAUUUCCGCUUCAUCAAAACACCCGAGUACCUGCACGUGGACCAGAGACUGGUGUUCAGAGAGGGCAGGACGAAAGCUGUGGGCACCAUCACCAAGCUUCUUCAGUCAACAAAUAAUCAACCGUCAAACUCCAAACCUCCACAAAUCAAAAUGCAGUCGACUAAGAAGGUGGUGAAGAGAGAUGAGGGUCAGACAUCAGCUGCAGAGGAAACGCUGAGCAACACAGCGCCGACUGCUUCCAUCCCUCCUCUACAGCAGACUGAGGGAGACGAAGACACUCAGACUAAAGACUCCAAGCCAAAAUCUGGAGGCAGGCGACGAGGAGGGCAGAGACACAAGGGUAAAAGUCAGUCCAGCACCACAGCGCCCCCUGCUGGUGCAGUCGGAGGCUGUUAAACCCCGCUCCACUCCAUUACAGUCAAUUUUGUAGCUUAUAGAAGACAUGAAAAUGGGCAGCUGCCUCCACCACUCAUAUUUAAUUUUAUGCUUUUAUUUUAAACUUGGACCACAGCACUGCUUCCUCCACACAGAACCACAUGGAACCACCAUGCAGUGUCCUGCACAGUUUAACUUAUAAACAAUGAAUGGUGUGUUCUUAGAGCUUCACGUUGUCUUUAUUAAAGUUCUCAUGAAAGAAGCAGAGAAGCUGCAUGAUGGUUCUUUACUGAGGUUUUUUUUUCUUUCUGUUUUGUUUUAAAAUAUCAGUGGUGCUGCCUCGUGUAAAGGAAGAAGGAUGAUGAGUAUGAGUGAAGCUCUUCUGCAUUAAAUAUGGCAUUAUUCACAGACUAAACAACUUGUUCUAGUAACCUUUGUAGAUAAUAUUCUGUUUAAGGUUUAUGAUUAUAAAAGAUCAUACGAUAAAAUAAAGAAAAAUGUUUCAUCACA